CCCGCGCAUCCCUGUUGCUAAACACAUACAUCAGUGACCCGGUGUAGGGAGAUGAGCAAUAUUUUAUCUUUUUAAACGGAAAGGAAACGUCCAACCUUAUGAAUUCAGACUCAGCGACAGCAGGACACAUUUUACGGUUCUAAGUGUCCAGAAUGUCCAAAAUCAGGAGGAAGGUAACCGUGGAAAAUUCAAAGACCAUAUCGGACAGUACCUCCCGCAGACCCAGUGUGUUUGAGAGACUUGGGCCAAGUACAGGAAGCAAUGCCGAGACACAGUGUCGAAAUUGGCAAAAGACUGGCAAUUGUGUUUAUGGAAAUACCUGUCGGUACACGCAUGGACCCCAGCCAAGAGGGAAAGGCUAUAGUGGUUCAUACAAAAGGUCACCAGAAAGACCUACGGGAGAUCUUCGAGAGAGGAUGAAGAAUAAAAGACAAGACGCUGAACCAGAUGCUCAAAAGAGAAAUCCAGACGAGCCCACUUCUCCUGUUGCUAGAAGAGACUCGUCACGUAGCAGACACAGAGAAAAGGAAGAUAUUAAAAUAACAAAAGAGCGUACUCCGGAAAGUGAGGAUGAACCCACAGAGUGGGAAGCCAAUAGAGAAGACUCUGACAACGGUGAUUAUGAUUAUGAAUUGUCCCUGGAAAUGAAGAGACAGAAGAUUCAACGGGAGCUGAUGAAGCUAGAGCAGGAGAAUAUGGAAAAGAGAGAGGAGAUUGUCAUAAAUAAGGAGGAACACAUCAGCAAGAGCAGGAGUAGCAACUAUUCAAAGAUGUCUCCUGAGCCAGUCAAAUCCAAAGGAUCUCCUUCAUCCCGAAAAUCCAGUGGCUCCCCUAAACACAAAGCAAGCCCCAAGGCUUCUUCAGGCAAGAAAGAAAAAAAGGUGGCUGGGCUAUCUUCACCUGGCACAGACCAGCAGAGGUCUUCUAAGGCUGUCCAGGGUAAAAAGAAAGGCCCUCGUACCCCAAGUCCUCCUCCUCCUCCUCCUCUUCCUCCUCCUCCUCCCCCCUCUGUCCAGGAGCAAAGCCCUGUAGCCAAGAAACACAAAGAAAAACACAAAGCUAAAGAAAGAAUGGAAGACAAAUCAAAGGAGACCAAAGAAAGGGGCAGGGAUUCGGAGAAGCAAAGAAGCAAAGAAAGGAAGGAGAAGCGCAGGGAUCAUUCGGAGAACUCCCAGAAACAAAAAAUAUCCCAGUCGCCGGAGGACCGGUCUGGCAGUAACUCUUCUCCUUCUAGGGAAUUCUCUCCUUCAAGAAGGAAAUCAUCGUCACCAUCACUAACAAGAUCUGCCACACAGAAAACAGCCUUCUCACCAUCUCGCAGAUCACCCACCCCUCCAAGACAUCGCAGCCCAACACCCACUAGGCACCACUCCUCUUCAUCCCACUCUGGCUCCUCAGCUCAAAGGCAUUCUCCCUCUCCCCGACGUAAGCGCUCAGUUUCGCCCUACCAGCGGGAGGCAGUUUCCCCCAGGCGCUCCUGCUCCCCAUACCUGGCCCGGCCAUCUUCCCCACAACGCAGGGCUAGCCCUAACCGGACCCACUCCCAGGGCAGAGACAAGGGAAGACAGGAGAGGGAUCGGAGCCCUCCUUCACACGACCGACGACAUGACCGGAGGGAAGAAGGUCGAGGUAAACGAGAGAAGGAGACCCGUGAGGAGCGGGAUUAUGAACCGGAGCAGGGCACCUCCCGUGAGCCAAGGGAUGAUCGAGAGUCAAGAGAGGUGCGAGAGCGGAGGGAGGCCCGGGAUCGCAGGGACACACGAGAAACUAGAGAGACGCGGGACACACGGGAAACUCGUGAUGCCAGGGAGACCCGAGAUUACAGGGACAGCAAAGACACUCGGGAUCCGAGAGCAGAGACACGCUCCACCCGCGACUUGCACGAUUACAGGGAGAGAGAUCGCGAACGGGAGAGAGAGAGGGACCGAGGGGAAGCCCACAGGAAGGAUGAACCCUUCCAAGAGGACAGGAGCUACGGGCGUGGCCACACCAGGGAGGAUAGUAAUCGUUCGGACACCAGGAAUGAGACCCGCAGUGAGGCCAGAAAUGAGACCCGGAACGACUCCAGGAAUGAACCUCGCAAUGAGAGAGCUGGGAGAGGAAGGGCCAGAGGGCCUGAACCACCAGAAAAGGGGAGCCGUGGGACAAGAGGGAGUCAGUUUGACAGCAACACCAGCAACUACCAUGAAAACUGGGAAUCCAGGAGCAGCUAUUCCGAGAGAGUGCCUGAGAGGGAUCGAUACGAGGGCGAUCGGAGAGAGCAAGCCAGAGACUCUUCCUUUGACAGAAGAGGAGGCCAUGCAGAGCGGGACCGCAGAGAGAACAGAGACAGAGAUCAGAGACCUGCCUCUCCAACAAGACACCAGAGUCGGAAUGAUGACAUUGAGCGGGACGAGAGAAGAGAUGAACGGAGACCAGACAGAGUAGAUGACAGGAGGGAUGAGAGAACCAGGGAUCGUGAUCGGGAGAGGGAACGGGAGAGGGAGAAGGAGCGAGAGAAAGAGAAAGAGAAAGAGCGAGAUAGGGAGAAGGAGAGAGAGCUGGAGCGCGACCGAGUAAGGGACAGGGAAAGAGAUAGAGAAAGAGAGAGGGAGAAGGAGCGAGAGAAGGAAAGGGAGCGGGAGAGAGAGCGAGAGCGAGAAAGGGAGAGGGAAGAGAGGGAGCGGGAAAGGACCAGGGAGAGGGAACGUGAGCAGCGAGAGAGGGAAAGGCAGCGAGAACAGAGAGAGUGGGAGGACAGAGAGAAGGGCCGUGAGGAGCGCAGGGACCGGAGGGACGACCAGAAAGAGGAGCGCACCCUAAGAGACCCACAUGAAGAAAGGAAAGCCAGCAGGAAGCGGCACCGUGUAGAAAGCAGCCCCAGCCCUCAUCCCUCUCCAAAGAGAAUCCGUGAUGCCUCUCCUGACAGUGAAGGCUGCAACAGUACAGAGGAGAAAAAUGAGAAGCACAGGUUGCUGAGUCAGGUUGUGCGUCCGAAAGAAUCUUCCCGCUCCCCGGCACGUGUUGUAGCAGAGGAGAAACCAAGCCGGUGGAAAGAAGAGGACAAGAAGGUGGAAAAGAAGGAGAGAACGAAACAUGAUGAGCCAGAGCACCGGGACAGGGCAGCUACCAGGCAGAGAGACCAUCUCUCAGAUGGCACUGCUGUGGGGUCCAGAAGGAGCAAGGAGCCACCACCCCCUCCAGAAUCAGUUAGCCAACCACCAGCAGAGGAUCAGGUGGCCACAGACAGGACCCACGAUGACGGCAAGAAGAAGACCAAGUCUCAGAAGAAGGGUUUGAAGAAGAACCGGAAGGACGACGAUGGCAGCAGCUUGGCUGAGAGGUACAACCCAGAGCCGUCGGCUGCUGAGGAAUCUGUAGUCGUGCUGUCCCCCAGGAAGGUGCCGAAAAAGAAGGCAGUAGAAAAGAAACGCAAACGGUCCCGUGGAGGGGAGUCGGACAUCUCGGAGGAGGAGGCCGUCGCCGCUGCCCAGCCACCAAGCAAAAAGAAACGAGGGCCCAGGACCCCACCUCUGGUUGUCCAGUCAGCUGUCAAGGAGAAGUUCCCAGCGCAGGUUGCAGAGAAGAGCAGUACUGAUGAAGCAAUGCAGCCCACCAAAGGAGAAGGGGCCAACUUUAGCGACUGGUCUGAUGAGGAUGUCCCUGAACGUGCUGAGAUUGCAGCACCUGAGAAGAAGCCCUCUGUGGAGACGCCCAAGAAGGGUCAAAAGAGCAAAGGAAGGGACAGGGUUGAGCCGCCUGCCGCAGCCGCAGCCACUGCAGCAGCCACUGCUUUGGUAGUAGCCGAAGAGCUCCCACUGCAGCUGCCCCCAGCGCAGCCUCCAGCACCACAGCACCACCGCAAAGCAUCAGACCAGAAGCGCAGCAGCAGUCUGGGCAGUAACCAGAGCCGUACUUCCUCCAGUCGGCUCAGGUCUCCCUCAAAUGAAUCACACCCCAGUGGGGAUGACCAGGGUGCCAGAAGAAGGCGUCUCCAGGGGCGCUCUCGAGACAGGGAAUGUGAGAGGGAGAGGAUCCCAGCUGUGGAGCCCACUGUAGAGAGGAAGUCCCGUAUAGAUCAACUCAAGCGAGGGGAGCCCAGCCGAAGCACAUCUUCAGAUCGUCAAGACUCUCAAAGCCACAGUUCUCGAAGAAGCUCCCCAGAGUCGGAGAGGCAGGCACGUUCCCGAGCGGGAUCCUAUGACAGCAGGGAGAGGCUGCCGGAGAGGGAGCGAGAAAGGGAGCGGGAGCAGGAACAACUCUCUAGAGAGAGGGAGCGCAAGGACGGGAGGCAGCGGGACUGGGACAGGGAGCCUGAGACCAGGGACUGGUCUCGAGGACGGGAGGCAAAUAGGAACAGGGAGCAGAGAGAUAGGGACAGAGAGCUACGCAGAAGGGACAUAGACCCUGAUCGGGAGAGACACAUUCCAGAGGGACAUGAUCGUGACAUUUCUUUACAUGGGGAGGUGAAGAGGUUAGAGCCUAAGCAGGAGAAAGAUUUUGAACCACUACUGUGUGAAGCUGUACCCGUUGAGGCAGAAAGAACAGAAAAGACACUAGACAGUCUACAUGAGCUGGAGGAAGCAAAUGAAGCGGAGAAGCCUCAUAGUUUGGCAGGGGACGAUGAUGGUAAAGCAGACGAUGUCCAGUCCCUUGGAUCAGGUGGAGAGGAGUAUGAGCCCAUCAGUGAUGAUGAGCUGGAUGAAAUCCUGGCUGAAGGGGCAGAAAAAAGGGAGGAUCAGCAGGAUGAUGACAAGAUGCUGGACCCUAUGCAUGCAAUCGAUGUGGACUGGUCUAGCCUGAUGCCCAAGAAGCACAUAGAAGCUCGAGAGCCCGGGGCAGCCCUGCUGAAGUUCACACCUGGAGCAGUCCUGUUGAGAACUGGCAUUUCCAAGAGGCUUGCAGGCCCUCAGCUCUUCUCCAGGGUGAAGGAAGCCUGUCGUGGAGAACUGGAAGACCCAAGUGAUGCAGAGAAGUUGUUUGAGCAUGAGUUGGGUGCCCUCAACAUGGCAGCACUGAAGAGGAAAGAGGAGAGAGCUGGUCUGCUAAGGAACCUGGGCCCCUGUUGCAAAGCUCUGUGUUCCAGGAGGGACAUUGCAAUCCGCAAACAGCUGCUAAAGAAUGAAAAGGGAACAACAAAGCAGAUGUACACAAACCCCCCGGUGGUGGACAAUGAGUUACUCCAGUUGAGUCUUCGUUUGUUCAAGAGGAAGACGGCAUUCCAAGUGCCAAACCAGGAAAAGACUGAGAGCAGCAGCACCCUUUCUCAGCCAACUGUACAAUCUGAAGUCUGUGUCUCCUAGACUGCAAGCUCUCCUUUGCACUCAAGUUGUUUAAAGGAAUUUCCCUAGAGAUUACUAGCCUAUGGAGAUGGACCAAGUUCGUUGUAUUGUGGUCAUGGUGAAUUAUUAUAAGAACUGUGAUCUCAAAACUAUUGUCAACUAAUCGCAUCAUCUUUUUAGAAAUGCUUAUAACAUUCUUUUAUGUUUGGUUUUCUUUUUUUUUUUUUUUUUUUUUUUUU